AUGACCUUUGAUCUGGCGCGAAUAACCAGCGACGAUACGAAGUACCGUUACGUGGUGACGAAUUUGGACCACACUGUACUGCCCUUCGUCAUGGAUGUAUUGGCCUCUCCACCGGCGCGUGGUAAAUACGAGGAAAUAAAGAAACGGAUCAUCGAAGCGUUUGAUGAGUCCCACGAGACUAAAUUGAGGAAGCUGCUGCGAGGAAGUGAAGUGGUGGACGAGAAACCCUCGCAUUGUUUACAGAGACUUAGAAACCUGGCUGGUGGGCAAGUCGAAGAAAACGUUCUGCGUACGCUCUUUUUGGAGCAAUUACCGGAGAGCAUGAGAACUGUUCUCGCUAUUAGCGAUACGGCGGAUCUGCAACGGCUAGCGCUCCUAGCUGAUAAGAUUGCAGAGAUGUCUGUGCCGAGGGUGGCGGCCAUUGAAGCAUCAACCCCUGUGAUUCCACCACCGUCCACCAGGAUAGAGGCGCUGGAGGCUAAGGUGGAGAAGCUAGUCUCGAUGGUGGAGACGCUCACUGCGCGACAGUCCCGCCAACCCUAUAGGUCCCAGCCAAGAUGGCGGCCACGCGGGGCGGAUAUCUCCGUAUUGCCGCACAGAUCGAUAAGAGGAGAACCCGCCAUUACUGACUCUAAGAUUUAUGCGGCGAAUGGCACUCCGAUAAGUACAUUCGGAUCGCGGAGGUUGACUCUGAACCUUGGAUUGCGUCGUCCGUACACGUGGGAGUUCAUUGUCGCGAAGGUUCAACAGCCUAUAAUCGGUGCUGAUUUUCUCAAGCGUUUCGGUCUUCUGCUUGAUUUACGAAAUAAGAGACUGAUCGACGAAUUAACUAAAAUACAAACUACUGGUUUUUUACAGACGGCGACUCAAACUUCACUGACGACUGUUGACAUAAACAACCCGUACAGACGACUGUUACAGGAAUUUAUUGCUAUUACUCGGACAGUACAAAAACAGGAAGUUCCCGCCCAUCAGGUACGUCACCACAUAGUAACCAGGGGCUCACCGGUCGCGGAAAGGGCGCGAAGGUUGCCCCCGGAAAAAUUAAAGGCAGCAAAAGCCGAAGUUGACCACCUUAUUGCAGCAGGGAUUUGCCAGCCUUCUAGUAGUCAGUGGGCAAGUCCAUUACAUAUGGUCCAAAAAAAGAAUGGUGGCUGGAGACUAUGUGGUGACUACCGGCGUCUAAACAGCAUUACAGUCCCUGACAAAUAUCCACUUCCUCACGUGCAGGAUUUCGCACAUAGACUUGACGGAACGACAGUUUUUACUACUUUAGAUUUAACGUGGGCUUAUCACCAGAUACCAAUCAAUCCAGAGGAUCGAGCGAAAACCGCCAUCAUCACGCUAUUCGGGCUAUACGAGUUUAAUGUGAUGACGUUUGGGUUAAAGAACGCAGCACAGAGUUUUCAAAGAUUCAUGGACGAUGUACUCAGAGGUUUGAACUUCGUUUUCUGUUUUGUGGACGAUAUUUUGAUCGCCUCUGCCAAUGAGCUUGAACACAAGGAGCAUUUAAGGUGUGUUUUUGAAAGGUUAAAGGCUUACGGGUUAUCGAUUAAUUUGUCGAAGAGCGUUUUUGGGGCACAUUCCGUACAGUACCUGGGGUACCUGACAGACUCCAUGGGAGCCAGGCCUGUACCGGAAAAAGUUGAAGCCAUUAAAAAUUAUAAUAAGCCAAAGACAAUAGCCGAUUUGCGCAGAUUUUUGGGCUCCACUUCAUAA